AGGAGGCGGAGCGGGCGUUUGAAAGAAGGAAUACGGAGAGCCUGCAGAUGAUGGCCACCCUGAGGAUGGGCAAGGAGGACCUCCAGAAAAUCCCUGCAGACCAAGCAAAUGACUCUGAUGAAGCAGCUGGAUAAUUUGGACCAGGAGUGUGAGCAGCUGAAGACCAGCCUGGCUGACAGGGAGGAGGACCAUUACAUCUUGAAUGAGAGGCUGAAGGAGAUGCAGGAGGAGAAGUGGGAGAUCCAGCACCAGGUGGCAGCCCAGCAGAAGCUGGCAGAGCAAGCGCAGAAGGAAAAGCUGAGCUUGGAGCAGCAUGUGUCUGAGCUGCAGACAACUGUCUCUGAGCUGAGAGAGCUGGUUGAGGAGCUGAAGGACAGGGAGAGGCUGCUGGUCUUCUUCCCGGACCUUCACAUGCCUGUUGAGGCACAGUUUGAACGCACUGGGGACGUCAUGGAAGACAUGGGCAAGCAGCUGCAGGCCAACAACAUUCGUAUCAGCAUCCUGGAGGAAGAGAACACGCGCCUCCGAAGCGCAGUGGCCAAAAUGAGAGAGGCAGCGCAGCAGGAAGGGCCUAAGCUUUUCCCUCCAACCCAGCUGUGGAAUCUUUCCUCUCCCCAAGACAGUGGGAUUCACAUGCCUACCAGGCAUCCCGCACAGACGAGUGCCCAAGGAGCAACGCUGAGGCCUCCUGCCAGCCCCAAGAGCCCAGGCAGCCCGGUCCCAAACAGAUCUAAGGGCACCCGCAGUGCCUCGAAGAACGGCUCCCCCUUCCGAAGGGCUCUCAGCGGCCAGCAGUCAAACCCGUUCACCUUUGUCUCCGAGGAACCAGCCAUCCGAACCCACACCCGGGGGAAAGGGAAAAGCAAGACCCCGGGCCACUCGGCCCGUUGCAACAGGAAACACCAGAAAUAACAAUAAAAAGGCCCUGCUGAGCAAGUU